UAUACCAAAUGGAAUUAGUAUUUCUAAGAACGAACUCGUUAGUACAUUACGUACUGAAAUUUGGAAUAACUACUUGAUUGAAUAUAGAAAUACUUCUUUUAAUCUUCGUACGGUCAAUAUUGAAUGUAGAGAAUAUAUGAAUAUGGAACCUGAAAAAAAAAUCAGUGAUUAUUUUGAUCCUAAACCUAGCGGAAUCUCAAUUCAUAUUCUUGUAAAAGCUAAUUAG